AUGUACCUUGGUAGGUCUAGCAAUGCUGACGGUGUCGAUGGGCCAUCUUCGUGCCCUUGUUCAUCGCAGCCAACCUGCACUGAGGCUGAGUCGACAGCGACUGCCACGCUCCAUGGCAUCCGCAGCCAGCAGUGUGACUCGUUGCAUUCGAGCUCCUUUUCGCUCUACUUCAAGUGGAUUCGUGCUUCUCUUCACCGCGCCCUGCGUAGCGCGCACGCCACCGUCUUAAAAUCGCCUGGAUGGAGUAAUGACCGCCAUGACGAACGGGCUCGUAACGACAGCGGAAAGUGCGACUCGCCGUCGCUCCCUUCUGCAGCUUUACGCUGGUUACAUGCGUCGUACGAGGCUCUGGCGACCACCCGAGUGUGCUCAGUCAUUCUUCCGCAGGUGGACGACGGUCCCCUCGUCGUCCACCUCACACUACUGCUUGUUGGCACGGAGAUUGCGCAGGCUACGUCUUUCUUUCUUCGCUACCGGCGCGCUGUGCGGGCCAGCGCCAAGGCAAAGGCGAUGGCGGCGCCGGAGUGCGUCGAGAAUGCAGCGGAUGUCGAGGAGCCGAGUCACCUCUCGACCUCGCUGCACCCCGUGACGACCCAGGCGCCGCCACCGCCAGAGAUGGGGUCGGUGCUUACUGGACGAUCACGCCUACCACGAGGCUCGUCACGGGCGUUGUACCGGCUGUGCAGCUACUGGGCCCUCCUCGAGAGGGCGGUGCGGGCUGCGCCACGCAAGCGCGCUGGCGCGCCAACAGACGUCACCGAGCUUGGCUGGUUCUUCCGCACUCUGCACCCCGGCCACGACUCAGUUAGGGACGGCGGUGGUGGCCACAAGUUUGACCGACUCACACCGGAUGGAGUACCGCAUGGUGCGGCGACGGUGCUCGUGCUGCCGGACGACGCUGCGUUCCCUGUUCUGGCGGAGCCAGGGGGGUGCACGAGAACGACUCCACCCAUGGCGCCGUUGGAAAUGUCCAUCGUUAAUGACAAGCCACCAGCUGCAGGGCGUUCACCGGAUGCAGUGUCGCCUAUCAUGACGGAGAAGCCCGCGGUGGAGGAACCUUGGAAGGUGAUGCACCUCCUUUGGACUGAUAUGGUGCGCUACUCGGUGACGCACAGUGAGCUGCGGCAGCUGCUGCUCGACUGUACUGUUGCUGAGCUUGCAAAGUUGUUUGCGAGUAGUGGCAAUUCAGAGAGCUUGUGGGGCGGCACACGCGUGCCUCAGACCAUAUGGGGGACCAUGGGCAGCUGCAGCGUCUCAAGCGAGCCGGUAGCAAGCGCAGCCCACUCCACCGUCAACUCCUCACUUCACCCGUCCGGCGCUGUAGCCUUCUCUGCCCACUACGUCCCAAGUUCCACUUCGCACGGCACCUCGCCGAGCUGCUACGCAGAUCCACGCGUCGCCGUAGCGUGCGCGGCACUGACAUGGUACCUGUCGCUCGUGCGCGAGGUGUACGAGGCUGUUGUUGUCCACGAGGAUGCCCAGCGGUGCGCAGACGCGCUUGAGGAACUUCAGGCGUACGGCAGGGCCGUCUAUCAACGCGGCAUCGCGGUGGGUGCCGCUUUCUUUGACGAGGCGCUGCGCAGCGUCUCGUGCCCGGGCGUCAAGCACGCGAGCAGCACCCGCAGCCGGGUCGUUGGCACCAACGAAGAGUGUGCCUGUAGGCUGCCUCGCCGUCAUGAGAAGCCGACUGGGCUCCCCGAGGCUGCGAUCACUGCGCAUGGCAACACGGAGGGUGCGGUAGUUUGCUCAACCGUGCCCAUGGCUGCGAGCGCACAUCUUGGCAACCGCUGUGAGUCGCACAGUAGCAAUCUGCUUUGCAGGGAUGGCGUGCCAGUGGCUACGCCGCACAUGGGUAUCCGCGGGGCCUCGCCGCGGAUAUGCUGGGCAGAGCUGACUGCUGCGCUAGCUGCUCUACUGCGCCGCCGGCGGCUGAUGGAGAUGUCUCACGUGCGAAGUCUCUUCUCCUACAUGUACACCGGCAGUGUGGCAAAAAUGACCUCCAUUGCCGUGUUGACCGUGCUCACAUGCCUUUCCUCCCGUGUGGCGGCGGUGGGGCUGGCGGUACGCGAGGCCAUUGGCUCCAACCUGGACACCUACUACCGCACCCAGGGAGCGCUGUCGCCAUCAGGCAGCGAUUCUGACAGCAGCAGCAGGCUGUGCGGCAGUGGCACGGUUACUGUACAGCAGCGUAUCUUUGCCCUGUGCCUCUUUGAAUGCAUGCGCCUCGCUGUGAACACGGUGCUCACGCACACCAUGCGCGAGUACAUCGCCAUGGCAGCCUCGCAGCGACGCAACGCCAUGAAGGCAGCGCUAUACGAGGCCCUGACGCGCUUGCCUCUCGCCUUCUUCGACCUGCACUCGUUCGACGAGGUGGAGCAGAUCGUGUACUACGUGAACGAUAUCGAGGGUGUGGAGGUGCACGUGCAUCGCUACAUCUGUAGCCUCGUCACGUCACUCUCUGCGAUGCAGCACGCGAUGCAUCAGCUGCCGCGUCGGGCACGUCUGCUGGUGGGUGCCACAGUCGCGGUGUCGCUCGCCGUAAAAUACAUUGGGCGACGCAUGAAGCAGCUGAUGCGUGUGGCGCAGCGCACCGGAGGAGUGCCUCCGUCAUGGCUCCGCGGCUACAACCUGAACGGCACCGCCUCUGCGGCGGCAGAGCUCGACGCACAGGUGGAGGAGAACACGGAGAGCAAUGCGCGGCGAGGCGGCGUGAUGUUGCGUGGCCUAGAUAUUGUAGCCGCUCUGCCACAGCUGCGCCCAUACGCGGCGGAUUUCAGGCUGAUGCGAUCGUGGACGGACCACACGCGCGCGUGCGGGGCGGCAGAGGCGGCGACCUUUGCGUGGAGUCUUCGCGCAUUGCCGUCUCAGGCCUACGGUCAGCUGUUGCCGGCGCUCGGUGGUGCGCUCCUGACGUUUGCCGACUGGGUGCUACCCACGCUCGUUGCGAGCUACGGCACCUCAACGGCAUUUUGCAGCUUAGACACGCUGAGUCUCUCGAAUAGGCUCAUCGAAGCAAUGCGGUGCGUCAGUGACACAGUCGAUGUCCUCGUCGACGGGCAUCGCGUCGCAGAGGUGGUGUUGCUGAACGCGUACAAAGCGAGUGUUCUGGAGAAGGUGUUGGAUGCGCGACGGUGGGAGCCGACGACCGCCGAUUACGCGAAGGGUGUCGCCUUAGGCGGCGAGGCCGAUUAUAACACUGCCGAUGCCGGUGCCAGUUGUGGGACGCCCGCAGCGGAGGUCAGUUCACGGCACUACGUCCUUCGACACCACCACCUGCGGUCGUUAUACCGUGCCGGCACCCACGCAGCCACGGCGUGGCCACCGCCGCUCACAGUGCGAUGGAUGCGCGUCUUGAAGGAUAGCUGCCGCUGGUGUGUCACGCAUCUCCCGCGUGUUUUCACUCUUGGCGGACGUCUGCGACUUGCAUGGCGCGUACUUGCAACGAUGGGACUCGUGAAGUCAGACCGCCGCGGCAGCAACCGGCACCAAUCACGGCAGCUCUACCACCAUCACCGCCGCCCCCCGCGACCACGCCACGUUUCCUGCUGGAGGAAGGGUCGGCCACAGCAAGUGAACCAGCAACAGCCCAAUAGUGCUCAGGAUCCAGCGUGUGGCGUGGCAAGCGAAGCGGCGGAGGUGUGCCUGAACAGUCGCCUGUCCGAGGAUGAUGGCAGCCGCUGCGCUCAUGCACGCCCCUCAUCGUCGUCAUUCAGCGACGAUUCCGAGCUUUGCAGCGAAGCUGCAGCGGCUGCCGCAGCGGCGGCGCUCGCGAACGCCACUGUGCACGCCGUGGCAGUGCAGAGCCUGCAGUUCUACUAUCCUACCGCCCCCACCGUGCCAGUAUUUGCCCACCCCAUCACCUGCACCGUCGUGCUCCAAGGCAACCGCAACGCCUUUUCGUCGUCACUGUCGAGCUCCACGCAGCCACAGACAGUGAGGGGCACUUGUGCCAGUAGAGGCCAACUCGUGUGUCUUGUGGGGCCAAGUGGACACGGCAAGUCUACGCUGCUCAGCCUUUUGUUAGGGAUGUAUACGAACUACGGGGCGUCUAGCCCCGUCCUUGGCACUGGCGAGAAUGCCAGCAGCGGCGGCGACGAUGGCGAAGAGCAACAGGAGAGCGGCGUUGAAACGCAGGCGCGAGGGGGGCUGCCCCUCACUCCUUCCUCUUCCGUGGCCGUCCCAGACAUCGUGCUCACGCUGGCGCUACCACAUUCCCCACCUUCCUCCUCCGAAGCGCUGGAGUCGACUGACUCGCCCAGCGCCGCUCCAACCUCAUCGGCCUCUGUAAUGCCGGAGGUGGAGUAUGUGCAGCUGUCGGUUGCCUUGAUUCCGCGCGACAUUCUUCGAGGAAACCUCUUCAGCUUUGUGCCGCAGAACCCCAUUAUCUUUUCCGGGGCCACCAUCGCGCACAACAUCAGCCUUGAGAAUUAUGUAUCCCUUGAGCAGGAGGAGCUGAUGGCUGAGAUUGCGCAGUGCGCUGCCUGGGCACACUGCGAGUACAUCCAACGCUUUCCGCAAGGCUUGAUGACUUACAUUGCCGACAGCGGAGCAGGACAAUGGGCGUCUCCACUCGCGGCCGCAGCUUCUGGAGGCGGUGGUGGCGCGGUACGACUCAGCGUUGGUCAAGCACAACGGCUGAUGAUGGCGCGUGCUCUGUUCCACGGGCGGCGCGGCGGGUCCGUGCUUGUGAUGGACGAGCCCACGGCCAGUCUAGACAAGGAGGUAAAGCUUAAAAUACUGGAGGAGUGGCGCGGGCUUCUGGAGGGUGGUAUUGUGCGCGGCAUGCUAUGCGCGACUCACGAUGACGAUCUCAUCGCGGUGGCAGAUGAGGUGGUGCGUCUGCCUUAG